UGAGUCCAGCAGUGCACCCUCUAACCGCCAACUGGAGCAACGCGUCGACCACGUCGUCGCAAUGUUCGGCGACAUCAGCACCUUCGCUGCGCCGACCACCAUCAGCAAUCAGCUGGAUACCUUGAAGACCGAGGUCCAGCAACUGCAGUCGACGAACACGGAUGGCAACAAUCCAAAGCAAUACAAGAUGCCAACUUUUCAACUUGAGAAGUUCGACGACUACACGCAUCAGGACCCGGUGCUCUGGUGGGAAGCUUUCACGACGCAACUUCGGAUUCUGCCUGUCGCCAAGCACGCGUACAUCGGCGCCCUGUUCAUGAACUCAAAGGGCGGAUGCCAGAUCUCGUUAACCCACCUGGCAGCCACCCACGGCGUCGACGUCGCAGAUCUGAGAGACAAGAUCACAUGGGAAGAGUUAACACGGUUGUGGAAGAAGCGGUUCAUCGUCGACGACGCACCAGCACUCACCAUCAACCGUCUCUUCACCAUGACUCAAGGCAACACAGCAACACGUGACUGGCUCACGGAAUGGCAGAAGAUCGCGGCAACGCCCGAUCUUGACUUACCAUUUCCGCAUCUACGCCGUGAGUUCUACAACAGGUCAUGCGCUGCAUUGAGCCAGGCACUUGGUGAUCGCGAGCAGUACGCAACCUUCGCUGAGAUCAUUGACAAGGCGAGGGAGAUCAUCAAGACCAACAGGGCGGCUGCGCACGAGAAGUCAACGUGGCAGCCAACCUAUGUGGAGAAGGUGAGAACUGGUCCGCGACAGCAGCAAUUCGUUGUAGUCCAAUCGGACAACACUGUGGAAGACUCGACAGCCACCCAAGCGUCACGUGAGGGAGAUCAGGUGGUUGCUGUCCAGCCGCGAAGCAACAACAAGCCCCGAGUGAACGGGAAGGCGAAACCAGCAUCGCAGGCCGGAAACGGACAGCCAACACCACCAUGGGUCAAGUUCAACUUGACCGAGGCCGAGUACAAGUACCGCGGCCGUUACGGCUGCUGUUACUCGUGCAACAGCACCAAGCACAAGACCUCCCUUUGCCAGGAUCAGGCCAAGGAGGAUGUGUGGCCUCAUCUUAACUCGGGAAACUGAGUGUCGUGGGAGACUCACCCGGGAAUCAUCCACUACUUGAUCAAUUCCAAAUCAAACGUAAGUCAUACGAGUAGUCGAAUUGCUCCUACGGAAGCAAUCAACCACCCUUCAUAGCUCAAGCAAUCCUCAUGCGAUCAAACAAUUCAGGCAAUCAGGCGCGAGUGACUGGGUAAUUCAUAUGUGAGUAUUUAAUUUUUGAUAAAACCCCUUUUAGAUC